UUUGAACUAUUGCCUUUUAAAAUUAAAAUCAUGUAAAACUUAUGUUCAGCUUGCAGACUUUUUGCUUCUUCAAAUAUUUGGCGAUGUUUGUUUAAAGUUUAAUCCCUUCUGUUUACUGGAAUUUUAAUCCUUGACAGUAUUCUAAAGACCAUGAGCUUCAGCUUCUUAUAUUAUUGAUUUAUCAGAAAGGAUUAAUUUUUGAAGAUGUUUCGGUGGAAAAAGGAUAAAGACAAGGAGAAGGAAAAAGAAGAUAAAAAGAAGAAAGACAAGAAAGAUAGAAAAGAUCGUAAAUCAACUUUAGAGAAAGAUACCUUGACUCAAGAUGAAUUGAAACGUUUAGAUGAAGUCAGAAGAAGUUUCACAAGUCCUCGAUCUUCCACAGCAAGGGAUCAAGAUGAUGCCUCUGAAAAACAAAGUAACAGCAGUGAUUACAGUCUCAGCUCUGCUCAUGAUUCCAGCCCAUCAGGCAGUAGCAUUACGAAUAUGGAUGCAAGCAAAUCUGGAAGUCCCUCUCGUAAGCCACCUCCGGUGCCCAAGAAACCAACCUUACUUGUGAAACCAAACCAAAUAAAUCAUAACAGUGAGACAACUCCAUCUCCUCAAGGAAGUACUUAUUCCAUGGCUUCAUUGCAUUUAGGAACAGCUAAUUUAACCAAUGAGAUGAUGGCCUUCAUGGACCAAAUGAAUCAUCCUGGAUCUGGUGAUAUCAACAUUGGUUUAGUAACCAGUCAAGCAAAGCCGAGUGUGCCAUCCGCACCACCCUCACAAGUGCCUCCUGGAGAACAAGGGGGCUAUGGAAUUAGAUGGAAGUCGUACGCUUCAAGUUUGAGGCUUCCCCCAGUAACUUGUUUACCUCCUCCUCGAAUUCGAACAUUACUAAUCAAACGUCAGCCAACUGGAGAUUUCGGUUUUGCCCUGCGCAGAGCUGCGACAUUGGAGCGUCAUUCCCCAGAAAUUGAGUCCAGGGUUGCUGUUGUGUUUGCCGAGCCAAGUGGGCUUGGAAAAACCAAUGAAUCAGGCUUGCUGCCUGGUGAUCGUCUCUUAGGAGUAAACAAUGUAUCAGUUGAAAAUAAGCCCAGAGAAGAAAUAAUUGAAUUAAUCCGAUCCUCUGAAGAUAAUGUAGUCCUAAAAGUACAGACGGUGCCAGAGUUGAGGGAGCUGACAAAAAGAUACUGGGAUGAAUCUUCUGAUGAGCCAGAUAGAAGUAUAUCUGGAAUUGUAUCACCUACAAGUGUUAAAAAGUUCACAGCAAUGGCAAAAUCCGAGGAAGAAGUUGAUAGGGAGAAAAAAUGGCUUUCUAAAGAGAUGGUCUGGAUUGUGCAUAAAGGUGGUUUUUCAGCUGCUCAUCUAGUCAAAACAGAGAAACCACCACAAGAAGGCAAAAUGUUUGUGAAAUUAGAAUUCACAGAUGAUGUUUUGGAAGUGAAUGAAGAAGAUGUUGAAAAAGCAAAUCUUCCUCAGUUUGAUUUCCUUGAGAAUUUAGUUCACUUACGUCACGUAAAUGAAUCUAGUGUUCUUCAUACCUUACGUCAAAGAUACUGCUCUCAAUUAAUAUAUACGUAUGCUGGAAAUAAUCUUUUGGUGUUAAAUCCCAUGCAACCUCUUGCUGCUUAUUCUGAAAAGGUCAUGAAAAUGUUUAAGAGCUGUAGAGAUGACAAUGUGCCUCCACAUAUAUAUGCUGUUGCACAAUCAGCUUUAAACAACCUUUUGAGAACUCGAAAAGACCAAUCAAUUUUAGUGCAAGGUCGAAGUGGUAGUGGAAAGACCACAAGUUUCCGCCACCUGUUGCAAUAUUUGGUUUCUGCAACUUCCUCAAGUAAACAAGUACUCACAGGUGAAAAAUUAAAUGCAGUUUUGACAUUGCUUGAAGCCUUCGGGAACUCAAAAACUGUGAUGAACACGAAUGCGUCUCGUUAUACAAAUUUUUUUUCAUUAGAUUUAGAUCAUUUUGGACAAGUGGUUUCAGCAUCUGUGCAAAUUUAUAUGCUUGAGAGAUCAAGAGUGAGUAGGAGACCUGAAGGAGAGCCAAACUUCCAUGUGUUCUAUUACUUAUUGGCUGGAGCUGAUGAAAGUUUGAGAAAAGAAUUACAUUUUGAGAACUUGCAAGAUCCAAAUCUUUUUAUGACACCUCUUCACAAAGAUGAAGAUCAAAGAAGAGCUUGUUUGCAGUGGGCAUAUAUUAAUGCAGCUUUCCAAACUCUCUCUGUUAAAGAAGUUGAAUCCAAGGCUAUUUGGUGUAUUUUAGCUGCCAUAUAUCAUUUAGGAGUUGCAAGUGCUUGCAAAGGUAGUAAUGGCAGACUGCAGUUUUCUAGACCUCAAAGUGCUCAAAAAGCUGCUGCUUUGUUAGGUUGUACUGUUGAAGACCUUGCUAAAUGUAUUUUUUCUCCUGAUCACAGUGGUCCAGUAUCAGGAAAGGUGUCACCCAGGUCAAGUGAUGGUACUGUGGAAGCAAUUGAAUGUUUACAGGCUAUGGUAUCUGGAUUAUAUGCUGAAGUGUUUAGUGCUCUCAUUUUUCUCAUUAACAGAGCUAUAAACGGAACUGGUCGAAGCAUGGCAUCUAUUCAUUUGUUAGAUUGUCCCGGUUUUCAAAAUCCUGCUACUUGUGGUCGUAUCAUGGGUGCUAACCUUGAAGAUUUGUGUCACAAUUAUUGCCAAGAAAGAUUGCAAUCACUUUAUUAUGACACAACUUUUCUCACUCAACAAGAAAGAUAUCUUCAGGAAAAUAUUGAGUGGAACAAAGAAGAAUUUCAUAUUUCUAAUCCAGCUCCUCUCAUUGAUGUAAUUGAUCAUACCCCUCAGCAAGGCGCGGUUCGGGCAUCUACAGCUGAUCUUCGUGAAAUUGGAAAGCGAGGACUUCUGUGGCUGCUGGAUGAAGAAUCGUUGUUUCCCGGUGCGAGUGAAAAAUCUUUCUUAGAUAAAGUGUUUACCAACUACUCAGGAAAAGGUGCUUAA